AAAAUUAUAAUAUUUCAAAGACAUCAAAAUUUGUAUAUAUACAUUUUAUUAUUAUUGUAGGAUAAAAAUUAUCAAAAAACCUCCAUGGCCAUCGAAAAACACAGGAAUGAGAAACUGAGUAUUGUUAGGAAAGGUCCUACAAAUUUACGAAAACCAAAAUUUUAUACUGGUCCAAAAAGUAAAAAUUUUUAUAAAAAAAAAAAUUAAUUAACUUGGUUGUUUUUAAGCAAAUGUAAAAAUUGUAUUAUGAACAUUUUAUAAAUAAACAUUAAUACAAUAUUAUUAUUAUUUCUGUUUAUUUUUUAGCAUCUGGUAAAUGCUCCUUGCGUAAAUUAUACAUCUUUGUGAUUUUGUACAUAACUAUAUCAACAAUCCAAAAGCAAAUAAAAACACCACUUAUGUUGCAUAAAAAUUGGGUGAUCAAAUGUCCUAAUAAUCUAAAAAUACAAAAUAUUUAAAAUUAUUAGAAGAGCAAACAUAUUUUAAAAUUGCAAAUACAUUUUUUUACAAUAACCAUUUUUCAAUUAAUUUAUGUGCUAGUGUAAUUAAUUAAAUUUAAUUCUAGAUAAAAAAAAAAAAGGUCUUAAACCACAAUAUAUUUUAUUAUUUCAACAUUAACUCAUUUACACUCUAUUAUCUCUCAGUGCUUUAUCUCAAAUAUUGGAUAUUGAUUUUAGAGCAGUACUAGCUCAUUUCUACAGAAAAUCUUGCCUAAGUUUUUAUUUUAUUAUUUAAAAAUAAUUAAUAUUUUUUAAAAAAUAGAUAUAAUAAUAUAUUAAAUUUAACUAGAUUACUUAUCUUCCAAAUAUGAAAGUUAAUGUUACAAAUUAUAAAAAUGAUUAUUGUGUUAAAAAAAAAAAAAACAAUUCACUUACUUUGGCUUUUCUGUAAAUUUCACCAUAAUGGGUGAGAACUCGUAGCUAAAAAAUAUUCCUGGCAUUCCAGAGGUACCUCUAUCAAAUGCGAUAACCUAUUCAAAAAAUAAAUUUAGAAAUAAGUUAGUUCACAGUAAUAAUAUCAACAAGUACAGAUUAACAAACUAGGACUGAGAUCCUACAAGUGACAAUCAACAUUAUAUAUUAUUGGACAAACCUAUGGAAAAUAAAAAAUAAUGAAGACAAGUUGGUGCACAUUAACUACACCCUACAUAAAACCAUAUGCAUCUCAAUCACCCUAAAUCAACAGAUGAUAAAAUGAAUUAGCAAAAUAUGCAGAAAUGCAGCUUGAUUCAACUAGAAAUAUCAAGUAAAGAAAAAAAGUUGCAAAUCAAAUAAAAAUUACACAAACUGUACUGGCUAGUUGCAUAACACUCUGAGCUAGACCUAACAAUCUCUUGUGUUUAUUGCUUUAAAGCAAUUUAAAAAAAAAGUGUUAGUUGAUAAAAAACAAUUUUUUUUUACUAUUAAAUAAUUAAUGCAUAAAUGCAGUUAAGAGGACAUUAUCCCUGUAUCCAUCUACUGUCUAAGUCCAAGUACAUAACAUGAGGAUAUGGCACAGGGUUUUUGUAUUAUUAAACAUAUACAGCUCAAAACAAAUGUUUUUAUUUAUUGGUUUUUUUUUUUUUUUAAAUAACUGACUUUUUUAAUAGUUCAUAAUUCAAAAAUCAUUGAUAAAAUUUUCUCAAAAAUAUUGUUCUCUAUAAAUUUCAUAAUAGGUACUUUUAUUCUAAAAUCAAAAUUAGGUUAGUUUUAUUUAUUGUGCGUAAACAUUUUUUAUGUAUGUUACCCAGUAGUUGGACUGAAACAGUAGAUGCCAGCAAAACGUCCUCAAUAGAAAAAUUAUUAUUAAAUACAUUGUAUAAUAUUUUUUUGUAUGUAAAAGUAUGCAGGGUCUUUUUAAUUUCAAGUAGUAAUGACAUUUUACAUAAAAUACUUUUUUGUAAACAUUAUAUUGUUAAAUUGUUGUUAUUUUUCGGGAUGAAACCUAUCUAUAAAAUAGAUGAAGUUUUAGUUUAUAUACAUUUUGAAGUUUAAUUUUUUUAUUUCCAUCAACCAUUUGACUAUUUAUUCCAUUUUUAAGUUUGGGUAAGGGGCGAGUAGUGGAGUGUCAUGUGGCAUAUAGAGUUUAAAUAAUGCUUCCACUACUCUCCCUUAAUCCAAACUUAAAAGUGUACAAGUUUGACUCUAACAUGAAAUUUAGAAAACCCUCUAGGUACUUAAUUGUAAAAACAAAUUUUAAUGUUAAAUAUAAGAGUUUUAGGAAAUAAUUCUUAUACACUAUUUCAUUUAUAGAUUUCAAAUUCAAAAUAUUCAUUUAAAACUAAAAUUGUGAUUUACCUUGUUGUGUUUAGUCACUGAGAACUGGUUACUAGAAAAUGCGGUCCCAUCUGUUUUUUGAUAUAGUGUUGGCACAAUUUUAAUGUAAUACUGGAACAUUGUUGCACCUAUAUAAAAACAAAAUCUUAUAUUUAUUUGAAAAAAAAAUUGUAUUAUCCUCCUAAAAUCUAUUGAUUAACCUAUAUAAAAAAAAAAACAUUAUUUUUAUAUUAAGCCAGGUAGUUCUUUUUUAAUGAACUAUCUAAGAACACAUCUAUGGAGAAUUUGAGAAAAUUUAAUUUAGUUUUCAUUCAUUAUAAAAUAUUUAAUAGUUAGUAUCCACAAAAACCAAUAUCCUAUAUUAAUUAUCAGAAUGUUAGAUAUUGGGUUUUUUCAAAACAAAUAUUUUCAGAAAACAAUGUGAUUAAAUUUAUUUGGAAUAUGACAAAACCAGAUUUUUAACGGAUAUAUUAGUUAAUUUCUUUAUAAAAUCAUAAUUUUCUAAUUUCAAAUAUCUAAUCAGUUUUAUAUCAUUAGCAAAAUAAAGUUAUAUGAACUCAUUACAACUUGUAUAUUUUAAUAUAUAUUUAAAAUUUGGGACUUAUUCCCCACACUUCAACAUUUUAUUUUGAAAUAGCAAUCAAUAUUUUUAAACUUUCUUUAAGACUUUGUAUUUGAGUUUUAAAAAGGCAUUGGUGGAUAACCAUUUAAAAAUUUAAGAUUAUUGUAUGUUAAUAUAUACAUGUACAUAAAAAGGAUAAAAGAAACAUGAUUUAUUUUUAUUAGUGUUUUAUGGUUUGUUAAACCAUAAAUAAUUGUAAUUUGUUCUGUGAUUACUAUUUCCAAUGAAAAUUAAUCAGUUUAACCAAACUCUUGUUCAUUUCCAUUAAUUAAUUAAUUUAUAGUAAAUUAUUAAUAAUAAAUGUGUAAAUAAAAAAUAAAUAAAUGAAUGAAUGCUUGGAGUAUUAUGAUAAGUGUAUUGUAUAGGUUCUGAAUUCAUCAUCAGGUAUAUCACAAAGUCAAAAUGUAAAAUGUGACUGAAUAUAAAAAAUUAAAUGAAGGAAUACAUAGAAAAAUAAUUAAACAAAUUAGUAAUUUUACAUAGAAAUAAUUAUUUAAAUUGGGCUAUUAUUAGACAUAGAUAUGUUAAGAAAUAAAAAUUAUUUGGUUAUUAUUUACUAUCUAAAAUAUAUUGCUAUAAGAUAUUGUUUUUAAAAUUGGUUUAUACAUUUAAAAUAUUAUUAGAACUUAUUUUCUUUAUUUCAUUGUGUACAUGUAAUUCUUCUAAAACUGAACUAAUGUAAAUGUUAUUUUGGAUAUUUAAUAUCUCUUAAUCUAUAGUUAUUUUCUAAAAUAUGUUUAGUGAAAUUUAAAUUAAAGGCAGGUUGUUUUAAAUUUUAUUUCAGAAAUGUGUGUUUUCUAUAACUGAUUUUACAAUUUCUAUUUGUCUUACCUGUAUAAAAUGUAUUAUAUUUACAUUUAAUAUAUUAUAUACUAGUAUUUUCAAAAGAAAGGGUAUUUUUUGUGAAGUUUUUAGUUUUAUUGUAUGUAUGUUUGAUUAAAUUAUUAUUAGACUAAAAAGCGAUGUUUACAUUAUUUGUAUUAUUGUUCAGAAUUUUAGAGAAUUCGUUAGAUAUAUUAUUUUAAUAUUUUAUACUACAAUAGUUCACAACAUUAUUUGGCGAGUUGUGUAUUAUUUUUUCUUUAAUACUUAUAUGAAUUUUUUUUUUAAUAGUAUUUAAAUUGAAAUUAUGUCUAUGAGCUAUAUUAUAGAUAAUAUUGAUCUUGUGUUGAUAAUUAUAUUUAUUUAAUGGAAUACGUUCAAGCCUAUAAAAUAUUGAAUUAAAAAAUUAUAUUUUUUGAGAAUAAGGGUGAUUAGAAUCAUGUAAUAUAUAGUAUGAUGUAGUACCAUUAUACCAUCAGUUUUUGUCAGAUUUUUGUAAAUACUAAAUUAAAUUUAUUUUUAAUUAUGGAAACUAUAAGAUCUAAGAAACUAAUUUAUAUUUCUAGUGUAAAUUAAAUGAUUUUAUUUAUUUUGUUUAAGUAGUUAACUAAAUUUUCUCAUUGUCUAUUUGAACCUCUUACUAAAAUGAAAGUACCAUCAACAUAUCUAUAAUAUAAUUUUAUAUAUAGAUUAUAUAUUGUGUUGUUAAUAAUAUUAUUUAUUUUAUAAUUAUGCAUAUAAAUUUCAGAUAAAAGAGUACUUAAAGGACAACCCGUAACUAACUCUUAUUUUUGCAACUAUAAUUUAUUAUUAUAUUGGAAAUACUAUGUAUGUAGCUUUCUUAAUCAGUAGAGUAUUUAAGUUUUUGCCAAGGAGAGAAAACUGUACCAUAAAUAUUGUAUGUGUACAUGGGCUAAAUAAAAAAAAAAAAAUGUAUUUUAUAAUUUAUUUAUAUUUGUAAUUUAUAAUUCAAUAAUUUCAAAGCAAAGCAGUUAUUUGUACAAUCUAAUACAAACCUUUACUUAACUGAUUUAUGGCCAGUUCUAUCCUAGGGAUGUAAAAUGAUUGGUUAUAGAGGACAAUGAAGAUAAAUUGUUAACUUUCAAAAGAGAAAUACUGUAAUACAUCUAUGAUCCUAUAUCAUGUUAAAUGAGGAUUACCGAAUGUGAAUUAAUAGAGAAAUGUGUACCAUAUCAAGUAAUUUAUAAGAAGCAAACAUUUAGAAUGAGUCAUACAUGUAUUUAAUGGUAUAUAAUUUUAAAAAAGGCAGGCUCUAACAGACCCAGAAAAAUGAGCACCGGGAUUAAGAUAUAAGUACAUAGAGUGAAAUAAUAAAAGUAGCAAAAACCCAAAAUAAACUAAAGAACCAAGAGAAAAAGACUUCAAUCUGCUCUAAACUUAUCAUUGAAAUUAAUAAAUAGAUAUAGGUAUGUUAUAAAUCUAUUUACAGUUUAGCUAUCUAUCUCUUUUUCAUAAUAUUAAAAUGGGUUGGAUUUGGUUUCAUUUUAACAAAAAUACACUCCUUACUCUGCUUAGAAUUUAAAAUGUUUACAUUUGUUUGAUAUAUUAACUAUAGCUAUCAUCACACCAAAUUUUAUAUUUGUAUAACUAAAGAAUAAUAAAAUUUGAAUUUAAAAAAGAACCAAUACUACUGAUGGAUGUGCAACUGUUGUAGAUACAAGUUUGAAGGUAGGAGAUAUAAAGUUAUAUAAUAUAUAUAUGUUAGCAAUGAUAAUCCUAACAAAAUUGCUAACAAAUUUAUUUAAUUUAAUUACUAACAAAAAAUGAUCCUGAGCAAAGUUUGGUUAUAUGCGUUUUUAAAUGCCGUAAGUAUUAUGAAAACUGCUAGGAAAAUCAAAAGAUAAUCUCCUCAAUGCAACAACUAGAUACAAAAUACAACAAAAAAAAAAAUAGUCUGUUGUCAUUUUUAUUAGAGUAAGAUUUCUGAUACAUCAGAUACUCAGAUACGAAAAAAAAUCAAACAAAAGAUUAAACUAAUUACAUAUCUAUAACUACAUAAAAUAACUAAGUACCUAAAUUAAAUUCCUUCAAAAAUGUACUAUUAUAAUAACUUGUAAAUUUGUGAUAUAAAAUAACUAUCGCAAUUCAGAGAUUAUUUCAGUAUAACAUAAUAUAGAGUUCAAUGAUACAUACAUUUUCAUUUAAGAAUAGUAAAAUAUUAUAAUAUUGUUGCGUUACCAAUAUAAUUGUAGGUAGGUAUCAACCAUAGAUAAAAAUUAGAUUAUUUUUAUUAUUAUUAUAAAAAAAAAAUCCGACCGAGUUGAGUGAUUAUUUCUGUAAAUAUCUAUAACAUUGUAAACCCAAUUUAAAUUGAUUAAAAAUUCAAGAAUCAAAAGAUUGAGCGCUUAUUUUCCACUAUCGUGAUAAUUACUAUCAUUAUCAUCAUGACAAAAUAGAUUGGUAUGCUAGAAGGUUCAGAAUUGCAGAACACCAAUAUAAUAUAAUAUAAUUAUAAUAUAAUAAAUAAUAAUUUUAAAAAAUGGAAAAUGAAUGCCGUCACGUUUGAAAUGGGAGAGCCCGAAUGUUGCGUAUCACAAAGUUGAUAGCAUACCUAUCUAUAUUGUCAUAAUUACCACGAUGCAACCAUAAAAUACAAGACAUAUGAUAGUGUUCUAGUGAAUAGCACGUCUUUUUCGAAAACGGAUAAGAACUAUCUUUGGAAACUCAGCCAUAGUAAUAGACUGGUAACGAAAUAAAUAAAUAGCCACUUCAAAUAAAAUACUACCCGACGUGAUUUUAUGUAACAAUUCAGGGUUUCUUUUCAAUUAAUUUCUCCAUUUCUUUAGGCCGAAGGGAAAAAAAACAAAGGCAUAAUAUUACAAUUAUAAUAGUAGUAUUUAGAAUUUAAAUAUAACAAAUUUAAAAUAUUUAGUAAUAAUUAUGCUUUUGGUCCGUCAUUAUCAUAGAAAAAGAUUAAAUUAUUACUAAUCUUUAUCAUUUACGAAUUAGUGUAAAUCGUGAUAACAGUAGUCAAUUAUUACUGGAGAUAACAUUGUAAAACCACAUUAACCAUAAAAUUAGAAAAAAAGCAAGUAUGACGAUAACAUUGCGGGGACAAGAUAAAAAGAUUUUUUCGUGCACUGCUCAUUUUAGAAUUAAAAAAAAAAAAUGCCAGUUCCUAGCUUUGGAGCAAUUCACCAAAAACCUUCAUGUUAUGACAGAGUAUCAACAUCAUUCAUGUUGGGUGCUACAAUAGGUUUAACAAUUGGAAUGCUAUUUGGAGGUGUAGGAGGCUUAAGGUAAUUAUGCAAUAUUAAUUAUAAAAUAUGUAAUGUGUAUUUCCAAUUUAAUAUUUAAUUUAGGUCUGGGUUAAGAGGCCGAGAACUCAUGGGCACAAUGGCAAAAUCUAUGCUACAGAGUGGUGGAACAUUUGGCACAUUUAUGGGUAUCGGAGCCGCACUUAGAUGUUAAAUGACUAAAUAAUUUAUAUAAUAAUUAAAUUUUUAUGAAGUUUUAAUAAAUCUGAAAUAGCUUCUUUUCAGUUAAUUUUUUGUUUAAAAUUGAAUUUCUUAUACCAAAUGAUUAUAUGUGAUAUACAAACAAUUAUUAGCUAAUAGAAAGCAAUUAUAUGUCAGUUAAAUUAUCUUUUGUUAUGAAAUUAUUUUAAAUGAUUGACUUAUUCUUGCCUAUGGUUGCUUUUCAUCCCAUUUAAUAGUUCAAUACUUUACUAAAUAUGGAUAGCAUUCCAAUAUUUAAUUUAAACAAGAACUAGAAAUUAUCCAAUAUGAGUUAAAUUGUUUUAAAAUGCUUCAAUAUCAAAUUAUUGUAUUACCUUCUGAAGCAAUAGAUUCUGUUAAAUCUAAAGGGUUGUUGCCUUGACUUUGAAUAUGUUUUAAUUUUUGACCAAAUGAUAAAUGUUGUAUGGUAUGUGUUGUAUUGAAUGACGCUGAAGUAAAUGGAUGUACAUCAUGAACUAUAAUAAUAAAAGUAUUUAAAAUCCUUAUUAAUAUAUUAAAAAUUGUUUACUUUACAUAAGUAUUCAUACAAUGAAGAAUUAAUGACUUAAAUUAAGGUUUAUAAAAUAAAUAAAACACACUUAUUACAAUCAAGUUUAGUAAACCAACUAUGCAAAAAUACAAAGGCGAUUUUUAGUUUCAGUAAUAUUUAGCUUAAAUAUCAGGAGCGUCAUUUGAAAGGUGAGCAGGAGUAUGCAUUUGUCCAGACCUACAUUUUAAAGUAGCUGCCAGGUCAACAUUGAUGAACUCUAGAUCCAAACUUAGGCCCGAUAGACCAUAAUAUAACAUACAUUCCAUUAUGAAAAGAUGAACAUGAUUUAUUAGUAAUCUAUGAUAAUAAUUUUUCAGCAUUAAGUUCAUUGAAGGUUAUUUGUAAGAUCAAGUCAAGAUCAUUUAUAUUUAAAUAAUUCAUAUGUUAACAAAAACGAAUAUUUUACUUGAUAUAAAUUGUAAACAAGUAUUAAAUUAUAGUUGGAUGAUAUAGGCAAAAAUAUAAAAUAAGGUGAAUAAACAAUCUUGAAAUCCCUAUAUAAUAAAGCAUAUAUUAAAUGUUUUCUGAAAAUUAAGUGUCUAGACUGGGAGAAAAAAUGGGUACAGCAAGUAGUGAUUAACAAACCAACUGGAAAAUCUCAGCAAUAAUGACAAGAUAGAGUAAAUAAAGAUAUAAAAAUAUGGACAGACUUUGCACAUGGUUGAGUCAUUGUAAGUGAGAAGUGGGAAGGUAGAAGGGAAAUUUAAUGUAUAUCUGUAAGCAAUAAUUCUGAGCAGGGUUCGGUUUGUUGCUUUGCGUCAAUAAUAAUAUAUAUUUAAUAUUAUGGUAAAAUAAUUAUACGUGUAUUAUAUAUUUUCUUUAAUAAUAUCUAUUUAAUAUUAUACCUAUUUUUCUCAUUUAUUGAGAAAACUAGGAAAAUCAAAAAUGACCUAUUUAAAGUACCACCCCAGUCUUUCAGAAAAAGUGCUAUAAUAUAAAAUAACUAUUUAAAAAUUGCUAUCAUUAUAUGUUUGAGUAAAAUUGCUGGUAGAAAUGUUCACAAAAAAUAAAAAUAAAAACAUUGUAAAACCAAUACAUUCCUUUCUCUGCUCAGAAUCUAAAAUAGUAGAUAAAAUGGCAACUUUUGACCACCAUAAAUAGAGGAACUUAAUAGAAGCUACAAAAGACCUCAAUGGCUUUUAAAGCAAUAGGAAAACAAAUCUAGUUUUAAACUUAUUGAGACCAUCAUAAUUAUGUUCUACCCUACCAAAUAUUGAAUUGACAUUCCUAUUGAACAUGAAAUAGCAUAGAAGACUUUUCAAGAAAAUUAACUAUCUAUAUAAUAUCUAAAUUCACAUUAGUUUUAUUUAAACAUUCAUAAAUUAAUUAAUAGUACUGUUGUGAGAUACUCCAGUAAGUACAAUUCCAAAUUAUAACUAUGAGAUGUAUAACACAAUAUUUUAUAAUUUAUUUAUUUAUAUAUUAUACGUGUAUACUUAUACACUUAAUUCUUCAAUUAGUAAAUAAUUAAACUUAAAAUUACCGUGCAUAUGAUUCAAAGAAAAACUUGUUCCUGGAGCUACAUGAAAACUUCCACUAACCUAAAAAUAAGUUUUAAAUAGAUUAUAAUGAUUUUGUUAUUAUUGCUGAAAAGUCUCUUCAAAAAAAAAAAAAAAAUAGGUUCUUCUUAAUAAUUUUUACUUGCUCCUUGUACUUCAACAGUAUUUAAACAUAUUUUCAUUACUGACCCUAUUUACUUGGAGUGAACCAUAAAUCUGACAUCCUUCUUUGAAUGCAUUGUCUGGCAUAUCAUUAUUAAAUGUUUGGUUUUUACAUUGUUCAAUAUUAGAAGGAUGAAAAUCCCAAUUCUUCAUUUUAUAAGCUCUUUUAACAUCAUCACAUGUAUUGCAACACCUAUAAAUAGUGAAUAUAGUUUAACAAAUUUCACAUUUAAUUUUAUGCACAUAUUUCAGUUAUUAAUAACAGUUUUAAAUGUUGUAAUCAUUACAAAAAUUGUUUUACUUACUUAAAUGAAGAACUUUCUGCACCAUAACAACUACCACAAGAAGUUUUAUUUGAUUCUGACUCAUCAGAAUUUAGUUGGGGUUCAAACUAAAAUAUUUAUAUUACACAUACAUGUAUUAUAUACAGUGAUUUUUUUUAUCAUGAACCAGCAAUUAUCAGAGGAUUUUAAGUAAAUUUGAUUUCUGUAUAUUCCAAUCAUUAUGUAAUUGUUUAAGCUUUAUUUUAAAACAAUUUUUAAUUUUUUACCCCUACUCUAUAUACCUUAAAUAAGUGCAUACUUUUGAUUUUUAUAUAGGAACACUUUUCCUUUUUGAACGCAGAUUUGAAUUAAGAUAAUAUUUUUCUAGAAAUUUUGAUAUGUAUUACACUAAUAUCAGAUCAACAGUAUAAAAUUUAGAUGGGAGGAGUAGAUAAGGGUAAUAAAUAAACAGUAAAUCUAAUAUUAAUGUUAUGCAUAUCAAAAUUUCUAGAAAAAUAUUCUCUAAUUAAAUUUGUAUUCAAAAGGAGGGGGUUCCUAUUUGAAAAUCAAAAAAAGAUGCACUUAUUUAAAGUAUACGGAAUAGGGAUAAAAAAUUUAAAAUGGUUUUAAAAUAAAGCUUAAAUGAUUUCAUAAUGAUUAGAAAAAACAGAAAACAAAUUCACUUAAAAAACUCACGAGGUAAUUGAUGGUUCAUGAUAAAAAAAAUCACCUUGUAAAGCUAAUAUAGAUAUGCUAAUUACAACAUUUUCAAAUUCAAUAGAUAACAAAAAACUUACAUUUAUAGUUAAUAACUUACUGUUAAUUUUUUUGUAUUGCUGACCCCUAAAAAUAUAUAAAACAAAUAAAUAGGUAUGCAUAAUUUCAAAAAAAAAAAUUCAUAUUUUGUGAUAUAGACAGGCAGUUUUAAUAUUGGAAUACUUUUUUUUAGUAUAGGGAGGAAGCAGAAUGUAGGCUAAUUAUUCUCAGCACUCAGCAUUAAACAAUACAAAAAUAAAUAAUUAUCACCCUGCUAAUGCAAAAGUUUGUUUGGACAAAUGAGUUUAUAUUUGUUAUCACUUCUCAUUUAAACUACUAAAGUUCAUUAGUUCAUUAUUGUAUUUUUUUAUAAUUAGAUUGAACAUCACUAAAAGAUUUGGAAAAACAGGGACACAUUUUUAUUUUUACAUAUUUUUGAAUUUAAUACAGUUACAUGCAAAGCUGUGCAGGACAGUUAAUAUUAAACAAUAACUUAUAAAUAAAGUGAUUAUCAUUUAAGGGGUAUUCUAUUCCUCCCCCUUGAAUAUUUCCUGAAUCCACCCUUAGGUAUAUAUGAACCUAUUCUUAAGAAGUUUAAAAUUACUGUCAACUUCACUUACUACAAUAUUAUACACAAUGAUAUUCUAUGUAAAAGGAUUCCUAGCAAUGUAUAUGAUUGAUUUUAUAUCUCAUGUUCAGAAAUUUGAUAAUUUAUAAUGAUGUUGGUUACAAAGAUAAGCAAGAUAUAAGAAUGUUAUUUUUAAAUGGAAAUUGGUUUUUACAUUUGUCUAUAACAAUAUUAUUAUAGAUAUACAUGUAUUUAUAACCAACAAAUUGGAUUUUAUCAUAGUCUACUUAUCUGUAACAGAUAAUGUGUCACAUUAUUUGAUUGCAAUGUUUUGCAAUGGAUGCAAAUUGUUUUUUUAAAAAAAAAAAAAAAAACAUAUUUUUUCAAUUAUAAACAAAGUACUAUAACAAAUUAUUUUUCAAAAAAAUAUAAAACAUUAUUAGGUUAAUAUAAAAUGCAAUAUGCUCUUAUGCAUUUAAUACUACAAAUGAAUUAUUUAUGCUUAAUAUAAAACAUUUUUUUAAUAAAUUAAUUUUUUAUAAUCCCAAUAUAAUAAUCUGAAUCUUUAAAUCCCAUUAUAAGCAAAUUCUAAUGUAGCAAAUAUUUACAUUAUUCAUACUGAAAUUUGAGUCUGUUCGAUUUCAUAAAUAUACAACAAACUGAUAAUGAUAUACAAAAUACAUAAAACAAAUUCUUAUUACCAUUAGACUUCUCAGGAUCACUGAUAGGAUGUCCUGUUAAAUUCAAUCUUCUUUUAAAAAUAUCAUGUUCAACUUGAAGGUGUGUUUCUCCUGAGCUAUCUACUGCAUCUAAAGCUAAAUCUACAAAUAACUAAACUUUAGUUUAAAGAAUAUUUCAAUAAAAGUGAAUAAAAAUAAGUACAUACAAUCACAAGAUAUCUUAGGAACAAUUAUAUCAAAAUUGAUUUGUAAUUUUUUAUUUCGAGAUGUAUCAACAAAAAGCUCUUCGGUUGGAGUGUUAUCAAGAUAUUCGACUACAUUUGACACCAUUAAGAAUCCAAUGGUUAAAAAACAAACCAAAGAAACUAAAAACAUAGGUAAAUUAAUUAAUUACUUCAGAAUAAUAAUAAAUAUAUACUAAAAAAAUUAAUUGCAGUAUAUUUUUCGUAUAGAUUUUAAAUACUUUUUGACCAACAAAAAAUUAUAACACACUUAUAAUUAACUAUAGAUAAAAGAUUUAAAAUUAUUAAAUUUAAUUUUUAAUACCUACCCCUUUCUAAAAUAUUUAAACAAUUUGAAUUAAUCUUUUAGAAAAUUGGUAUCAUAAUUAGAGGACUAAAUGCCAAAAAAAAAGCUUACAUAAAAGUAAAUUUGGAAUUUGCUUUCAUGGAUUUUUAAAAAUAUAAUCUGGCUACUUUACACCAAAUCAUAAAACUAUUUAUUAUUCUAAGAAUCCUAAAAACAAUGAUGAUGGAUUUACAGUAGAGAACUAUAAACAUUAUAAUACCAAACAAAUAUGUUUAAAAUAAUUAAUUUUUACCAAAUCCACCCCAUACAGUUUUAAUCUGAACUUCCUCUAAUGGUUUAGCGAAUGCGUCAAUGUGUUUCAGUGAAUUCAUACAAAAAAAACUUUUCUUGGAAGUCAUUUUUUUAAAAUAAAUUUAGAUUUUAAAUUUUAAUAAUGUAAAUACUACAAUAAAAUAUAAUUAAAUUUAUAUACACGUCAACUAUUAAACCAUACAAAUAAAAUUAACAGAAACAAAGUGAACAUUUAAACCUUCAAACAAAAUGUCACAACUUCCACAACUACA